AUGAGGACGACAAGCGAAGCCUCCUCCCUUCUGAUUCUCCCCAUUCAAAUUGUACAUCCUUGUCCGUCUUUGUUUCUCUCCAUCUUUGCUUGCUUAACAACUUAUUUCCUUUUGCUUUUCUGCGGCCUUUCAUCGAGCAGGCUAUUUAAAGUUAAAGAAAAGCAAAAGGAAAUCGAAGAAAAUACAAAGGAGAAGGGCCUAGUCAAGAAGCAAAGUGCAGGGGAAUUACGUCUUCAUAGAGACAUAAGUGAGUUGAACCUACCAAAAGCAUGUGAAAUAUCUUUCCCUAAUGGAAAGAACGAUCUGAUGAACUUUGAGGUCACCAUUGAACCGGACGAGGGAUAUUAUAUUGGUGGCAGGUUUGUCUUCUCAUUUCAUGUUCCCAUUAUCUACCCUCAUGAAGCUCCAAAGAUCAAGUGUGAAACAAAGAUCUAUCAUCCCAACAUUGACUUGGAAGGGAAUGUUUGUCUUAACAUUCUUCGAGAAGAUUGGAAACCUGUCCUCAACAUAAACACUGUUAUUUAUGGAUUGUCUCACCUAUUCACGCAACCCAAUUAUGAGGAUCCCUUGAACCAUGAGGCAGCUGAUGUUUUGAGGGAUGAUCCAGAGUUGUUUCAAUCAAAUGUGAGAAAAGCAAUUGAUGGUCGCCAAUGGGUGGGAACCGACUAUUUCCCCGGGUGCAAUUGA